GCAUGAGACUCGCCCCGGUUCUCGGUUGGUCCUUAGCGUUCGUCGGCCGCGGGCCAGCGGUACAGCCUCCCUGCAGGCGGAGGCUACUGGGUGGUAUGCGCAUGCGCCUCUCCCGGCGGCCAUCUUUAAUGCGGGCCGAAGCCUUCGAUGCCCGAAUGCCUACCUUGCCAAACCUUAUUCUUGCGCAUGUGCAAGCGUCCCCUUGCUUUCCUCCUCCAAAUAGUUUGACUAGAGCAGAGCCUCCCGCGCCGUCUCUGGGCGCCUGCGUACUGUGACCCUGCGCAGCCGGGGAGGAGGGUCUUAGCUCCAGGUGCGUAAGGCGACUGGGGUGGCGCCACCCGGAAGUGCGAAGUCUGGGGAGAGGGCCGCAGGUCCAGGUGUGGGAAGAGGGUGAGGUGAAGGCGAGAAGAGUGGGCCCGCCAUUCUGCCUGUCCUCUCCGACUCGGAAAGUGGUUUCUGCGCGUCCCCGGGAACACUGAAGUAUCGGAUCUCGAUUCGUGGGGCGGGAGCGGAGGCGGGGCCUUAACGCCCCCUCCUGCGGACGGGCGGUCUGGCUGCGGGGACCGCUGUUAGAGGCUUAUUGGCUGGGGAGCCCAUUCCCUUGGGGUAGGGUGGGGUGGGGGGGCGGCUUAGUACCCUAGCAUCUCCUGUCAUCUCGGGGCCCCUUCUCUAGUGACCUAUGUCCCUUGCCCGGGGUCAUGGGGACCCUGCGGCCACCACGGGGGCGCCUUUGUCUGAAGAAGGGGAAGUGACCUCCGGCCUCCAGGCUCUGGCUGUGGAGGACCCCGGAGGUCCCCCUGCUGCGGCCAAUAAGGCCGAGGAAGAAGUGGAAGGAGGCCGAGAGGAGGCCGAGCGAGAGGGGCCUGGGGCCGAGGAAGCGCAGGGAGAAGCCCCCCGCGCUGGGGAGGAACAGCAGGCAGAGGGAGAGUCCGAGGACUGGUGCGUGCCCUGCAGCGACGAGGAGGUGGAGCUGCCGACGGAUGGGCAGGCCUGGAUGCCCCCGCCCCCCGAAAUUCAGCGGCUCUACGAGCUGCUGGCCGCCCACGGCACCUUGGAGCUUCGGGCUGAGAUUCUGCCCCGCCGGCCGCCCACGCCUGAGGCCCAGAGUGAAGAAGAGAGAUCGGAUGAGGAGCCAGAGGCCAAGGAAGAGGAGGAGGAAAAACCGCACAUGCCCACGGAAUUUGACUUUGAUGAUGAGCCAAUGACACCAAAGAACACCCUGAUUGACCGGAGACGCACCCCAGGAAGCUCAGCCCGGAGCCAGAAACGGGAGGCCCGCCUGGACAAGGUCCUCUCAGACAUGAAGCGGCAUAAAAAGCUGGAGGAGCAGAUCCUUCGCACGGGCAGGGACCUCUUUGGCCUCGACUCGGAGGAUCCCAGCCCCUCCAGCCCCCCACUCCGGUCCUCGGGGAGCAGCCUCUUUCCCCGGCAGCGGAAAUACUGACUGGCAAGCACCUCCAGGGUGCAAAACCUGAACCCUUGCCAACCUAGGGUGGCAGGAAACUGGGGGGAGAGGAGAGAAACCCCAAGCUCCCCCCACAAAACCUUGCAGGAAAGAGGGAACGUGUGUGUGUGUUGUUUAUGUUUCUGUUGAUCAGCAUUUUGGACACCUGGGCUGAAUUUUCUGAAUCUAAAAUAAAAGAUGCUGUUAUCUUCUCUUAA